CUUUCUUCUUCUUAAGCUCACCAAAUCACCAUGGAUAUUGUUAACGCCGAACUAGCUAAGGUAGAAUCUGUGUUCAAGAUAUCGGCAUUAAUUUCUAGCCGACCCCAACACUUCAAUCUUCAAAAUGAAAUGUGAACUUACUAUUGCUUCCAUUACCAACACAAAACGAUGGAGAGAGACAGUAGAACACUGCAAGCCAGAGAUUACGUGUCGGUCGAAAUUAAACCAGAUGAAGACGACAAUAUUCUUGUCUCCUCCAUAAAAGAAAAGCUGGAAGAUACUUCGGUCUCACAUUGCAUCUGCAAGGUCCCCGAGAAAAUGAAGGAAAAUAAUGGAGAAAAGUACACGCCGAGGCUAGUCUCAAUCGGCCCGCUUCACCAUGGUAAAGAGCAUCUAAAGGCCAUGGAGGAUCACAAAUGGAGAUAUCUCAAUACGCUUCUGAGCCGGAAACCUAACCUGGAAUUAAUCCUCGACAAAUGCGUGAGCGCGCUGAAGGAUCUGGAAAACAAGGUGAGGAAAUGCUACGCCGAGAACAUUGACGCUUUCGGUAGCGACGAUUUGGUGAAGAUGAUGCUCGUCGAUGGCUGUUUCAUCAUCGAGCUCCUGUUAAAGUACUCCUUCAAGGGCCUAAAGCGCCGUGACGACCCCUUCUUCAGCAAAAAAUCGGAAUUCUUGAAGCUGAGAAGCGACGUGAUCCUGCUCGAGAACCAGAUCCCGUUCUUCAUUCUCCGGCAGCUGUUCGACAUAGUUCCGAUUCCGAAACAGUGUAAUCAGACUCUCAUCCAGCUGGCCUUGGUAUUCUUGCACAAAGCGAUUCCGGAAGAGAUUAAGAUCGAUCCCGGAAAGUUCAGGCAAGAUUGCGAACAUCUCCUCGAUCUUGUCCAUAAUUGCUACGCUCCGACGCAUCCGGAGAAUCAUCAUCAGGUUCAACAGAUUCAGUUCCCGCCCAAGAAUCUGAAGCCGGCAAUGGAGCUGCGGAAGGCGGGAAUCGGAUUCGUUAGGGCCAGCGCCGAGAGCUUGCUGGAUAUCAAGUUCGCCCAUGGAUUUCUCGAGAUUCCGCCUCUGAAAGUGAACGACUACACAGAGACGGUGCUGAAGAACCUCCUGGCGAUCGAGCAAUGCUACAGCGACCGCACGAAGUACGUUACGUCAUACGCGUUCCUGAUGGCGAAGCUCAUCCAGACGAAGAAGGACGUUAGGCUGCUGUACAGAUCGCGGAUUCUCACCAACGGAUUGGAGAAAAGGCAAGAGAUUCUCGGUUUGCUGAAGAAUCUGCAUCUGGAGGUGAAAGACAAAGAGUUCUAUUACUGGGAGGUUUGCGAGCAGGUGAGCGGAUACAGAAGAACUAGUUGCAGGGGUGUGGUGGGAGAUGAUGAAGCAGAGGUAUCCGAGCACGCCGUGGAGGAUUGCAGGGUUCGUUCUGGCCGUUUUGUUUCUGGUUCUCAUUUUCAUUGGGACCUUGUUUUCAGUUCUAUCGUUCUCACGUCACCACAUUUGAUGUUCCUUUGCGCUUAAUUACUGGUCUCGUUCAAGCUUCUUAAUUUCAUGGCAGAUUUUCAGUAGAUUGCGCAGUGAAUUGAGAGCAUGUGCAUUUGUUUGUGACUUUUGAAAAGUGCUGUUAAGUACAUAACUUAUUUCAGAACAAACAUUAA